ACAGUCCACCGCUCCGCCGCCGUGGACCCGCCGCACCGCCGCCGAGCUCUGCUCCUUCGCUCGCCGCCUGCUCCGCCGCGCUCCGGACCAAAGUCCAGUAGGAGAAGAGGGGGAAACCCGGUAGCGUGCUGAGUCGGAAGAGGCGUGACCAAAACGAACUCCAACCCUAGGAGGCUCGAGGCGGCGGCGGAGAUGGAGGUGGUGGCGCUCGUGAGCGGCGGCAAGGACAGCUGCUUCAACAUGAUGCGAUGCCUGGACUACGGCCACAAGAUUGUCGCGCUGGCUAACCUCAUCCCCCUCGAUGACGCCGUCGACGAGCUCGACAGCUACAUGUAUCAAACCGUUGGGCACCAGAUUGUGGUGAGCUAUGCGAAAUGCAUGGGCUUGCCUCUGUUCCGGAGGCGAAUCCGUGGGUCCUCAAGGGACCAGGGUCUUAAAUAUAAUGUUACCGCAGGAGAUGAGGUGGAGGAUAUGUUUGCGCUCUUGAGUGAGGUUAAAAGGAAAAUUCCAUCAGUCACUGCAGUGUCUUCUGGCGCCAUUGCAUCCGAUUAUCAGAGGCUUCGGGUUGAGAGUGUCUGCUCAAGGUUGGGCCUGGUCUCUCUGGCAUUUUUGUGGAAGCAGGAUCAGACUUUGCUUCUUGAUGAAAUGAUAAGAAGGGGCGUUGUGGCUAUAACUGUCAAGGUUGCCGCAAUGGGGCUCAAACCUUCUGCUCACUUAGGGAAAGAACUGGCUGAACUUAAGUGUCAUCUGCUCCAAAUGAAUGAGAGUUAUGGAAUCAAUGUCUGUGGUGAAGGUGGAGAAUAUGAAACACUAACUCUUGACUGCCCACUAUUCCGUAAUGCAAGAAUUGUUCUUGAUGAUUUUGAAGUGUUACUCCACUCACCUGAUUCCAUCGCUCCAGUAGGAAUUCUUCACCCAUCAGCAUUUCAUCUUGAACACAAGCCAAAUUCUUCUGGCAGCAUUGGGGAUAGUACUAUUGCCCAAGAGAGUUCUAGUUGCUUGUAUGAAGUAGAUGGAGCUAUUGCACACAGUGUUGUGGAGAACAAACAAGAUACCUUGAGUCCAGUUGCAACUGUUGAUACUUGCACCGAUAUAGACCUAUGCAUCUCAAAAACUGGGAAAAAAAUGUUUUCCAUUGGUUGCUGGAUUAAGGAUCCCAGUGGUAGUGCAGAAGGCCUGAAGGCAGAUUUAGUAGCAGUUUUGAGCAGAAUUGAGAAUCAGCUCAAGGAAGAAGGGUUAGGUUGGGUGAAUGUUCUGUAUGUUCACCUCUUCAUUUCAAGCAUGAAGGAAUUUGGAUUGGCCAAUGAAGUAUAUGUGAGCUUUAUUACAGAACAAAAAUGCCCUCUAGGUGUUCCUUCACGCAGUACAAUUGAAUUGCCACUAAUUCAGGUUGGUUUAGGCAAUGCAUAUGUAGAGGUUCUAGUUACAAAUGAGCAAGUCAAGAGAGUUCUACAUGUACAAAGCAUUUCAUGCUGGGCUCCUAGUUGCAUCGGACCUUACAGCCAGGCAACACUUUAUGGAGAGAUUCUUUAUAUGGCUGGUCAGCUGGGGCUUGACCCCCCUACGAUGAAGCUCUGUCCUGGAGGCCCAACAGCUGAACUAGAACUAGCAUUACGGAACAGUGAAGCUGUUGCUAAUGCUUUUGGCUGCUCCAUCUUUUCUUCGGCAAUACACUUUCUGGUGUACUGCUCUGCACACUUGACGUCCAGUGAGAAAGAACAGGUUGAACAUGAACUUCACAGUUCGUAUGUUAGCAUUUUGGAUUGCUCAAAUACUGGAUCAUACCCCACUAUCCUCUAUAUAUUUGCAUCAGAUCUUCCAAAAGGAGCAUACGUGGAGAUAAAACCAAUAUUAUAUGUCCCGGCCAAUGAUGAUGGAGUCACAACUAACAAACUGGAGGCUGGAGGGCCAUGGCCAUCAUCAAGCAAAUCUUUUAGUGCCUGGAGCGCACAAUACUCUGACUUGGAUGAUUCAUGCUGCCAAGUGCACACAAUUGGUGGGAAAAUUUGUUCUGCUGUUGUUUCAAUCACAAAUGAUAUUGCAUUAAAGAUCUGUUCUACUGAACAACUAUACCACUCAGAAGAGCAUUUGAAAGCUUUGGGUAGAUUUUGUGCUUUCCAGCUUGCUAAGAUUCUGAUACAUAAUGACUUUUCCUGGAAUAACGUAACGAUGUUGAGGUUCUACUAUUCAGUAGAGCACUCGGUGACUGCGGAUGUGAUGUUCCGUGUAUUUUCAGAGGCUUUCGCUGAGCUUGAAGAAGGUGGUGUUGGCCCCUGCAGAACUGAUGGGAUUCCUAUUUUCAACAUUGUGCCAGUGUCGGCAUCUGGUUGCUCUGCAUCUACGAGUGACAUUAUAUCAUGCGAGCUAUUAGCUUCAAAAGUUUAAGCCAAGAACCUAACUUGCUCCUUCAUGCGCAUGAUUUAUUUGGUACUUGCUGAAAUGCAGUUAGGCAAGCAAUGCUUCCAGUCUAGCCAGAAAUUUGCCUACACUGCACGUGCAGCCAGCACAGUACCCGGUGGUUUAUGUCGAUCACCUGGCCAUCAGCUAUCAGGUAAAAAAUCGGGAUAGAGUUAGCAGCGAUUAUUUUGUGGGUGGCGAUUUUUGUUUUGUCGCAUCAUUCAUCUGAUAUUACUACACUAUAUAUAUACACAUAUAUAUUGGGUCUGAUUAACCCGUCCUGAAGAUUGCAGCAGCAUUGGCUACUGACACCCACCCAGUUGGUACAUUUUUUUCUUUAUUAUGCUGUAUUGACAUAAUUUUCAUGUUGGACAAUCGAUUUGUUGGUGUGGGAAACUUCAACCGAAAUUAAAAUUUUCGGUAGUCAAGCACGCACGUCUAUCCAAAUCAGGAUAGACAGCAGAGAUAUUCCGAACCACAUAAGUUGUACUCUCGUGCUUACUAUUAUAAAUGAAAGCAAGAGCUCCAAGAUUUCUCUUCGAACCAACGGUUUGGGUUGGAUCGGUAAUGAAGAAUAAGCUAAGAAAAACUUUAAAUCACCCAAUCAGUUCAUUCCCCAAUCACCCAACAGAAACGGCAACAAACAA